UUGAAGAAGGAGGCUUGUGAAUUAGCUGUCAGAUUAAACUUUAUUGAUGAGCUUAUUGUGAAAGGUACCAAAUCUCUUGGUGUUGCGGAGAAAAAUGAUUCUCUUGAAGAUGGUAAGAUCCAUUUCAAUGGAGAAGAUAUUGACGUGGAUGACGCUUCAGCCAUUCAGAAACUGCGAGAGGAGAUCUAUAAGCAGUCAUUCAGGUCAUACUACCAGGCAUGCCAAAAUCUUGUGCAAUCGGAAGGAUCUGGAGCCUGUAGUGAAGGGUUUCAAGGGGGUUUCAAGCCUAGCACUGCCAGAAGUUCUCUUUCAAUUUCUGCUACAGAGUUGGAUGUAAGUUUGACAAGAAUUGAAGGAGGUGAUUUCGGGAUGAUAGAGAUUCUGCAAAAGCUUGAUCCAGUAUGCCGUGCACAUAGCAUCCCAUUUUCACGAUUAUAUGGUAGUAAUAUCAAUUUGCAGACGGGUUCCCUUGCUGUUUGGAUAAGAAAUUACACGUGCCCACUAUUUGCUGCAACUUCUGGCAGAUGUGAAGGACGUGUUAUAUUAGCUCAGCAGGCAACAUGUUUUCAGCCUCAAAUCCACCAAAAUGUGUACAUUGGGAGAUGGAGGAAGGUCCAUUUGCUCCGUUCUGCUAGUGGGACAACACCACCAAUGAAAACAUACUCUGAUUUGCCCUUACAUUUUCAGAAAGCAGAAAUUUCCUAUGGAGUUGGUUUCGAACCAGCUCUUGCUGAUAUUAGCUAUGCUUUUACAGUGGCGCUGCGUAGGGCCAAUUUGAGCAUCAGAAAUCCAAGUCCAGAUCCUCCGUUGCCUAAAAAGGAAAAGAGCUUGCCAUGGUGGGAUGAAAUGAAAAACUACAUUCAUGGAAACACCUCCAUAUAUUUUUCUGAGUCCAAAUGGAAUAUUCUUGCCAGUACUGAUCCUUAUGAAAAGUCUGACAAGCUUCAGAUAAGAUCUGGGUAUAUGGAACUCCAGCAGUCAGAUGGUCGCGUUUAUUGUUUUGCAAAGAACUUCAAGAUUCUAGUGAGCAGCUUGGAUAGCUUGUUGAAGAACUCCAACUUAAAGCGUCCACCUGGCUUUUCCUGUACUUUCAUAGAGGCCCCGGCCUUUAGUCUUGAAGUGAUAAUGGAGUGGGAAUGUGAAUCUGGAAACCCUCUAAACCAUUACUUAUUUGCAUUUCCCAGUGAAGGAGUGCCUCGUGAAAAAGUUUAUGAUCCAUUUAGAUCAACUUCUCUGUCACUACGGUGGAAUUUGUUGCUUAGGCCCUCUCUUCCCAUUCAUGAUAAUCAGUCAAGCUUAUGUUCAGUGGGUGAUCAGGGUGCCUUGGAUGCAACUGGUUGUGGUGCAACGAAGCCAGAUAGCUUGUCAGUUUCUCCAACACUAAAACUUGGUCCUCAUGAUUUGGCAUGGAUACUGAAAUUCUGGAGCUUAAAUUAUAAUCCGCCUCACAAAUUGCGGUCUUUUUCUAGGUGGCCACGUUUUGGAAUACCGAGAGUUCCUAGAUCUGGCAAUCUUUCAUUAGACAAGGUGAUGACAGAAUUUAUGUUCAGAGUUGAUGCCACACCAGCAUGCAUAAGGCAUAUGCCUUUAGACGAUGAUGACCCAGCAAAGGGGCUGACAUUUUCUAUGAAUAAGUUAAAAUAUGAACUUUAUUAUGGCCGGGGAAAGCAAAAAUACACCUUUGAGAGCAAGCGUGACACUCUUGAUCUUGUGUACCAGGGUCUUGACCUCCACAUGCCUAAGGCAUUUAUAAAUAGAGAUGAUGAUAGCAGUGUUGCAAAAGUAGUUAAAAUGACUAGGAAAACAUCACAAUCUGCAUCAACAGAAAGGUCUUCUAACGAUANUGAUAAAACUAGCAGUAUGAGCAGCAGCAUGGAGAAACAGCGUGAUGAUGGGUUUCUUUUAUCAUCUGAAUAUUUUACAAUCAGAAGGCAAGCCCCAAAAGCUGACCCAGAUAGGUUGUUGGCGUGGCAAGAAGCUGGUAGGAGAAAUCUCGAGAUGACAUAUGUGAGAUCUGAGUUUGAAAAUGGGAGUGAAAGUGAUGACCAUACAAGAUCUGACCCAAGUGACGAUGAUGGAUAUAAUGUAGUGAUCGCUGAUAAUUGUCAGCGUAUCUUUGUCUAUGGUCUAAAGCUUUUGUGGACACUUGAGAAUAGGGAUGCAGUUUGGUCUUGGGUAGGUGGAAUAUCUAAGGCUUUUGAAUCUCCAAAGCCAUCUCCUUCUAGGCAAUAUGCCCAAAGAAAGUUGCUGGAGGAUAGUGAGGUGAUUGAUAGAACUGAAUUACCUCAAGAUGAUAACCAGAAGUCUCCAGUUAGUCACGGUGCAAGUUCCUCUUCUCCACAACACGUGAGGCCAUCAAAAGCACAAGUAGAAUCACCUCCAUCAAGUGAAGUUAAAGUGGAAACUCUUCCAUCUAGUUCCGCUGCAAAGCUUGCCAACAUUGAAGACUGUGAAGGGGAGGGCACUCGCCAUUUCAUGGUCAAUGUCAUUGAACCACAAUUCAAUCUUCACUCAGAAGAUGCAAAUGGUAGAUUUCUGUUAGCUGCUGUCAGUGGCCGUGUUUUGGCUCGUUCGUUCCAUUCAGUUCUUUCCAUUGGCUAUGAAGUGAUUGAACAAGCUCUAGGUGGAGGAAAUGUUCAAAUUCGUGAAUCUCAACCUGAAAUGACAUGGAAUCGCAUGGAGUACUCUGUGAUGUUAGAACAUGUGCAGGCACAUGUUGCCCCAACUGACGUAGAUCCAGGGGCUGGACUGCAGUGGCUUCCUAAAAUUCGGAGAAGCUCACCGAAAGUGAAGCGCACUGGAGCUUUACUGGAGAGAGUUUUUAUGCCUUGUGAUAUGUACUUCCGCUAUACUAGGCAUAAAGGUGCAACCGCCGACUUGAAGGUGAAACCUUUGAAAGAGCUUUCAUUCAAUUCACAUAAUAUAACAGCAACAAUGACAUCCCGCCAGUUCCAAGUUAUGCUAGAUGUGUUGACCAAUCUUCUAUUUGCCCGGCUUCCAAAGCCUCGAAAAGUUAGCCUGUCGUAUCCAGCAGGUGACGAUGAAGAUGUUGAAGAGGAGGCUGAUGAAGUUGUACCUGAUGGUGUUGAAGAAGUAGAACUGGCAAGAGUGAACCUUGAACAGAAAGAAAGAGCGCAGAAGUUGAUCCAGGAUGAUAUUAGGAAAUUAUCUCUUUAUAAUGAUGCAUCUGUGGACAGGAACCCAGUAAAGGAAGGCGAUCUUUGGAUUAUUAGUGGGGGAAGGUCCAUUUUGGUGCAAAGACUGAAAAAAGAGCUAGUAAAUGCUCAAAAAUCCAGAAAAGUAGCAUCUGCAUCUCUGAGGAUGGCUCUACAGAAAGCUGCACAGCUCCGAUUGAUGGAGAAAGAAAAGAACAAAAGUCCUUCUUGUGCUAUGCGCAUCUCUUUGCAAAUUAAUAAAGUGGUUUGGAGCAUGCUUGUGGAUGGAAGAUCAUUUGCUGAAGCUGAGAUAAAUGAUAUGAUAUAUGAUUUUGACCGUGAUUACAAAGAUGUUGGGGUUGCUAAAUUCACAACAAAAUAUUUUGUUGUGAGAAACUGCUUACCAAAUGCCAAGUCUGAUAUGCUUCUAUCAGCAUGGAAUCCUCCUACUGAAUGGGGAAAAAAAGUGAUGCUUCGAGUAGAUGCUAAGCAGGGGGCUCCAAAAGAUGGAAACUAUCCUCUUGAACUAUUCCAGGUGGAGAUUUACCCCUUAAAGAUACAUUUGACUGAGACAAUGUACAGAAUGAUGUGGGAGUACUUUUUCCCAGAAGAAGAGCNAAAAAGUUUAUCUUCUCAACAAAGAGAAUCACUUCCUUCAUCACCAAGAGAGACCACCCCAUUUGAAAGUGAUUCAUCAAGUGAAUCUUCGCCUUAUGAGGAUUUCCACGAGUAG